UUCAAGAUUUACAACUAUAUUAGGGUUUUACGCGAUAAAUCUUCUAGCCGAAUAUUCUUCUUCUGCUUUUCUUGUAAAAUCCACCAUUGUUCGUUACCGCUGGUCCAAAUUUGGCGGACAAUACUAUUCGCAGGCUAUCCAAGGCCUGUUGCUGAAGAAGGACGAAGAUAGCUGCUGAACUUUUUUCUUUUGUUGCUCUUUGUCAAUGGCGGAGGUAAAUGCUAUGAUGAUUCGUGCUGGUUGCAAUUUUGUUGCGAAAAAUCCUGUAUUAGAUGUGAAGCGUUCGGGUUUUGGCAUGCCGGUUUUCGGUCGAACAGUUUGGUGCAAUCGAAGGAGGACGACGGGGAGAGUUGGAAAUGGGGUGAAGGCGGUAAUGCAAGUGGAUUUGGAGGAUGCGGAGAGAUUGAGAAGAUUGGAGGGCUUAGAAGCGACAUUAGGGCUUGAUGUUGUAGCGGAAAGGGAGUUGAAGGAGAAAGGAUUUUUAGGGAUGAGGAAGACGAAGCUUGUAUGUACUAUUGGCCCUGCGUGUAGUGCGAUUGAGGAUCUGGAGAAGUUGGCAUUGGAAGGUAUGAACAUUGCGAGAUUGAAUAUGUGCCACAAUUCGAGAGAGUGGCAUUGCGAUGUGAUUAGGAAGAUCAAGAAGUUAAAUGAGGGGAAAGGAUUCUGUAUUUCGGUGAUGAUCGAUACUGAAGGGAGUCAGAUUCAUGUGGUUGAUCAUGGAGCUCCUUCCUCCAUAAAAGUAGAGGAUGGUUCAAUCUGGUUGUUUACUGCUGAGAAAUUUGAGGGCUCUCGUCCAUUCACUGUUCAAGCGAGCUAUGAAGGUUUCUCUGAAGGUAUUCAAGUGGGUGAUUCAGUUGUAAUUGAUGGAGGAAUGGCAACCUUUGAGGUUAUUGAAAAGAUUGGGAAUGAUUUAAGCUGCAGGUGCACAGACCCUGGUUUGUUUCUUCCUCGAGCAAAGUGCAGCUUUUGGAGAGAUGGGAGGGUUGUUGUGAGAAAUCACGAGUCUCCAACGCUGUCGAGUAAGGAUUGGUCGGACAUUGAAUUUGGCAUUGCGGAAGGCGUCGACUUCAUUGCCCUUUCCUUCGUGAACAGUGCUGAUCCUGUCAAGCAUCUAAAGAACUACCUAUCAACAAAAUCAGCAGAAUCCGUAAGGGUAUUGGCUAAGAUUGAAAGCUUGGAGUCUCUUCAGAAUCUGGAAGAAAUUAUAGAGGCCUCUGAUGGAAUCAUGGUAGCUCGAGGAGAUCUUGGGGUUGAAAUUCCGCUGGAGCAGAUACCAGCAGUCCAAGAGGAAAUAACUAGUGUUUGUAGGGAACUGAACAAACCAGUGAUCAUAGCUUCUCAACUUCUAGAGUCGAUGGUUGAAUAUCCUACACCAACACGAGCUGAGGUUGCAGAUGUUUCGGAGGCUGUCCGACAGUAUGCUGAUGCAUUAAUGUUAUCUGGGGAGUCUGCCAUAGGAUCAUAUGGACAGAAAGCGCUUUCGGUUCUACAGAUGGCCAGCUGCCGAAUGGAGUUAUGGAGUCGCGAAGAAAAUAGGGAAAAUUUCCUUCCCCACUAUCAACUUGGGGUGUCAUUGCAGGAUCGCAUUGCAGAAGAAAUUUGCAAUUCUGCUGCUGAAUUAGCUAACAGGCUUUCAGUAGACGCCAUAUUUGUGCUCACAACGCAAGGACACAUGGCAUCUCUUCUAUCCCGCAACCGCCCAAGGCCGCCUAUAUUUGCAUUAACCGAUGAUGAUAGCACAAGAAUGGCUUUGAAUCUGCAAUGGGGAGUGUUUCCUCUGCGCAUUGAGCUCUCAGAAGACAUUGAAGCAAACAUCUGGAGGGGCAUCGAGCUUGUGAAAUCAAAGGGGUUGGUGAAACAGGGGGACUCUGUGUUGGUGGUCUCUGAAAUCUCUCCAGCUCGAGCUGCAUCAAUGGCGUCCCAAUCAAUCCAGCUGAAAACCAUCGCGUAGGAGAAAGAGAAGAAGAGAACCAACCAAUCCAAGAAACUUCAGUGAUUUAUGAUUGCAUGUACCAUAUGUGGAGGUUAUUUAUCUACUUAUUAUUUGUGGCCCUCUGUUUAUAAAGACUACUUUGAAGCUUGGAUAGGCCGUUUGUUGUUUUGUACUACUAGUAGCUAAUAUUUGGUCAUUUGAAUAACCGUACUGAAAUUGGGUAUUCUAGAUUUAUUUGGUAGAAACAAGGGACCAAGCGAGCUAGGUUACCGGGA